CUUUAUCCCAUACUCUCUACGUACAUCCCCAUGAAUGUGUUUAUUAUAUUUUUUAUUUUUUUCCCUUUGUAACUGCUAUAUCUGUAAUCAAAUCUAGUUUCUAAUUCACUCACUAAGCGCUUGGUUUGAGCUAUAUUCCAAAAUGGCAAAACUUUUGAGCUUGCUCUUGCUGCUGCUGCUUGCUUUUCUGGUGGCAGUUUCUGCAUCUGUUUCUUUCCGAAUAGAGUUAACCCAUGUCGACGCCGGGGGCCAUUUCAAUAAGUCGGAGCUCCUGCGUCGGGCCGUGCUCCGGAGCAAGAUACGGGCGGCAGCGUUACUGUCGAGGCCGGCAGUAGUGGUGCCCAAAUCGACCGCGGGGGCGCCGAUCAUACCAGUCCGCCCGAGCGAGGGGGAGUUCCUCAUGGACGUGGGGAUCGGCACGCCCCCGCACCCGUUUUCUGGGAUUCUUGAUACCGGCAGCGACCUCAUCUGGACUCAAUGCAGCUCCUGCAUUCUAUGCAUCGAGCAGCCGACGCCGUACUAUGACCCCACGAAAUCGUCCACCUCCUCCGCCGUCGCCUGCGCUGACCCGCUGUGCCAGGCGCUCCCCGGGCCACUGUGCUACCAAAACUCCUGCGUCUAUUUCUACAGCUAUGGCGACGCCGCCGCCACCGCCGGGUACCUCGCGGCGGAGACCCUCACCUUCGGAACCGCCAACGGUACAAAAGUUACUGUCCCCAGCAUCGCUUUCGGGUGCGGGAGCCUCAACGAAGGCUCGCUGUCGAACGGGUCGGGUAUGGUCGGGUUCGGGCGCGGGCCCUUAUCGCUCGUCAACCAACUGCAUGCGAAAAAGUUCUCUUACUGCUUCACUUCCUUUCUUGCAUCAAAUUCAAGCACUCUCUUUUUUGGCGCGCAAGCAAAACUCGCUAACAAUACGAAAUACGGGCCGGUGCAGAGCACGCCCUUCGUUAUAAGCCCGGCUCAGCCAUCGUUCUUCUUCGUAAACCUCACCGGCGUAACGGUCGGGGCCACUCGACUCCCGAUACCGCCGUCGGUGUUUGCUCUGAACCCCGACGGCUCCGGAGGCGUGUUUAUUGAUUCCGGCACGUCGAUCACGUACCUGCAGGAUGCGGCGUACGCCUUAGUGAGGGAGGCGUUUCUUUCGCAGGUGAAGCUGCAGGCGGUGAACGACACCGCGAUCGGGCUCGACGUGUGCUUUGCGCUCCCGUCGCCGCCGUUCGUGACCGCCGUGAUCCCGAAGCUCGUGUUCCACUUCGGCGGCGGCGCCGACAUGCAGCUGCCGCAGGAGAACUACAUGGCGAUCGAUAUCGCCACCGGGAACUUGUGCCUGGCGAUGCUGGGGAGCAGUGAUGGGUCGGUCAUAGGGAAUUUUCAGCAGCAGAAUAUGCAGAUGCUCUAUGAUCUGGAGAAUAACCUCUUGUCCUUUGUUCCUGCUCAGUGUGAUCUCGUGUGAUUUGGAUCUUACGAAAUUGCGGUAGUAGAUUAAUGCAGUUGUAGUCUUUUUGUUUAUGUGGGCUUUAUGAAUUGGUGAGGAGAGUCUCUAGGGUUACUUUGGAUUUUAAUUUGCAGUUGACAUGUAACAUUAAGAUAACAAUUAUUUAAUAAACUGGGAUUUUUGAAUA